UUUAUCAUCUGUCAAAUCUGCGUGGAGGACGAGGGUUACGCCUGCAAGUUUCGCUGAACGAGUUUUAUUAAAAUAGUACUCCAGAACGUCACGUGCGGAUCUUGUUCUGGACAAUAACAUGCUGAACAAUGGAACGAGACGUUAAAGGCUUAUGCAGGAUAUACAUCUACAUGUAGUUUAGAUUACUACAUCGAAGUAAAGUCAUCAAAGCCACCUGGUGAGCAGUUAAUGAUGGCUACCUACACCCCUACCUCUACCAGCACUCAUCCCUUCGGCCAGGAGGAGAAAGUGUCACAGCAGCAGCUCUUUGUGGCCUUCUGCAACCAUCUCCACCUGGGCCAGUGGGAGCUGGUCAGGGCAUGCGGCACAACACUGCUGGAGAAAUAUGGGGAGGGGGAGUGGCUUGAGCCCAGCGUCAGAAAAGUGCUGGAGGCUGUAGUUGAGCAUCCAUUCGAUUGCAGUUUGGCAUCAGAGAGCGUCCCUUCAGCACACCAUCUGGCUUGGUUGGCACUGCAGGAACACAGAAACCUAAGCUCUGACGUAGAGGAGAGACCACCUCAUUCUGUGAGCACACUGGUUGAGUUUAGGCUUCUUCUGCACAGUGCCAGCAGUUACGCCCCCACGGAUGUUGUACAGGAUGUGUACAACCUCUUCAUCUACAUCCAGGACAUAAAGAAUGCAGAGCAGCUGGGCAACCCACCGUUGCCCACCCCCCACGCGCCGUCCCUCACCGACAGGAUCCGAGUCUUCCUGAAGGCUGUGGUCCAGCGCGACCCCCACCUGGGCCACUCCCUCCUGGGUCACCUGGCACUCCCGGCCGGCUCCCGGCGUCACUUGUCCCACAACCGGGGCCUGCAGCAGGUGUACGUGGACUGCUUGAUGGAGGACAUCUCGGCACUGCGGCAGGCCCCGGGCAACAGGGAAAAACUGGUGAGCCGGGUCUACAAGGUCUUGUCCCUGAUGGACCCCAGCAAGGAGAUGGAGGACCUGCAGUUGGAACUGUUGUUCCUGAAUCUGUUGGACCUGACUAAACCCCCUCACCAACUGCUGAGGAUGGAAUCACUGUACUCCUCCCUGCUGGGCCGAGGAUCAGCCUACCUCGUGAGGGAGCUGUGCCGCAUCGAGAGGCUUGAGCGGAUCCAGGAGCUGAGCACCCAGCUGGAGGUGACCCACCCCAAGCUGGACAUGCUGUCGCAGGAACUGCGGAUCAUGCUGCGGCUGGCUCGCAUGGAGGACCGGGAGCUUGCCUGGAAGGAGAUGUUCUGCCAGGCGCUGUCCAGGGAGAGACACAUUCUCGCCAAUGUCCUGGACACCAGCAUGACGUUCAUCCGAGAUGGGAUGUACAGCGAGCUGGUAACCCUGCUCUCGCCUGAUGAGUUUGUACCCCUCAAGCCACUGGUGCUCUUGCUUGGAUGGAACCACGUCUCAAGCUGCAAUAGUGCCAAUCGGCUCUUGCAGGCCUUGCAUACUCCCGGCACGGCACCUUCAGUCAGUGAGCCUCUUCUCGACCAAGCAUGUGGGAAGCUGACCCACCAGGUGCAGCUGGUGCAGUGGUGUCUGGAGAAAACCAGGCCCUUUCUUCUUGCGAGUGGUGUCGACCCUGGAUUUGAUCCCAAGGCCAGUGAGAUGUUCUGUGAACUGGACUCCCGCUCAGUGCUUCACAUGUUGCAUCAUGCUACAAACUUGAGCCAGCUUGAGUCAGCUGAAGUCUUUGAUAUCCUCAGCAAGAAGCCGCAACUUGGGGUCAAGCCAGAGGAGAGUACCAAAUUCAGUGGGAAGACUGUACGUUUUGAGGAGCCCCAACAGCUCUCCAUCCAGCAAGAGAGGGACAUAGCCGUCUAUCGCAGUUUCCUUGCCAUCAAGAGCUGCAUGAUGGCUCUCUCCAACAGUACCCAGUGUAAGAAGCCAAAGGAAAAAUCCAACCAGGACGCGAGCAAGCAAGGAGUAUCCCAGAGUGCUGGUGCAUCACUUGACACCGAGACCUCAAGGAGCACCGGCAGUACCCUUUCAUCACCCCACCAGCCUCUUCAUGCUCAUGAAGAGGCUGCGAAUGACAGUACUGGCUCACCACGAGAAAGCCUGUGGGAGAAGAAUGUCUGGCGGCACCUCAGGGAAGCCAGGCACCAACUGUCACUCCUGUACCCACUGACUUACAGAGUUGAAACCCUGGAGAACAUUUUCUCCUUGCUGUUCACUCGCAGCGAGGAUGCCUUUGUGGCAAGGGCAACGAUGUCUGACAGUGGAGGAGAAGAAGGUGUUGUGGAUGAGGAUUGGCAGAAGGGGAGUGUCACCAGCCUUGACAGCACGCCAAAGUGUGAGUCCUUUACCUUUAACCUGGAGGCUGAUACACUCAGAGAUGGCCCAUCAGCAAGUGACUCAAAUCUGUUGAGUGUUGCAGCAGCUGUCCAGGAUGAGUUGCCCACAGAAUCGAUGAGCACUGGUGUGUUGGAGAGCUUGAGGAGUUCCGAGAAGCGAGAACGAACCAGCUCGGGAUCAGCUGUGGCCCAAAGGUCCAACACGGAGCGCAGCUCGGAAUCGCAUAGCCAGCUCAGCUCCAACAGCCUGGGGGCGGUGAAGAUCUGCUUUGUAGCAGAGGAAGACAUUACCGAUGCCUUGCUGAGCACCCUGAAGGAAUGCCUGGCCGACCUGUCCGAGGCAAGGUACUCCUUAGCCGGUCCUAGCGCAUCGUUAGAGGUCCUCCAGGAAGCUGGCGGGAGGCUGAUGAAGUACAUGCACUGCUCGGUGUUGACAUCCACUAUGGCGCAGCACAUCUCACAAUUGACGCAGAGGGUAAACGAGGCCUGGUGGCGCUACCGGCUCGUAUCGCAGGCCACCAGCUCCCAGAAUGCAACGCAUGGACUGGCCAGUGGCUGCCAGCCCAUGGCAGACAGUAGUAGUGACGAGGAGCUGUACAUGACCGGUUCCCAUAGAGAUAAAGAUGAUAAGAGAGGAGACAAAUGCCACGGCAAGCGAAGUAGGAGUCGGGUCAGCAGCUUCAGUGGAAGAAGUGGUUCAGGGACUGCAAGGAGGUACUCAAGGGCGAAUUCCUGUCCACUCUCGGCCAAACGCAACACAGGGUUCGCAUCCACAGAUGGCAGCACCAGCAGCAGCAAACGGCGAAAGAAACGUCGGCGGAGGAAAUGCCAGCCGGUCAACAAGGCGUCCAACACUGGGGAGCAUGGUGUAAUCGCCAGGAUGCUGUCCUCCCAGGACACCCUGUUGAGGAUGUGCCUGCACAGGGGCAGCUACUCCCAGGCCCUACAGGUGGUGAAGAUGUUUGAGCUUGAGAACACGCCUGAGGUGUCAGAGGUCUACUUUGCUGAACACUGGGAGCAGACGUUACGUCGUCUCCAGAAUCUGGACACCAAGGCCGCCAAGUCAGAUGCCAUGCCCUCGGCCCUGAAAGGCCAACCGUCUAAGUCAUCAUCCUCCAUCGCUACCAUAGCAGCAUCGGGGACAGCAUCCUUGUCAGUCACUGGGGUUGUGGACGACCUGCUGGCCAAGUCUGUACUGCCGCUGUUCCCCACAGCCUCACUAGUCGGCUUGGAUCAGCCCGAGAAGCACUCAGUUGCUGCCGCCAUGCUCAAGAGCAUCCGGAAGCUGAACGUGGCUGGGGUGGUGGUCUUUGACCUGGCCUGCUCAGCCUGCACUUCCUGGAAAGCCAGUAGGGACUUGCUCGAAGUCGCUAUGGGCCGACUUCAACUGGGACAGCACAUCCCGGGUGAAUUUGACCAGUCCCCCAGGUCACGCCUGCAGUCCGGCUCCAAAAUGGACCCUCUGCUGCUUCUUGUAGGCGUACUGCCCUUUGUGCACCAAAUAGCCAGUCUAAUAGCUCCAACUUCAGCUGAUUCGACAGCCCUCAUCAGGCAGGACAUCAUGGAGGAGUUCUUUCGGCGCAGUGCUAGGGAUGCCCUACUGCAGGCAACCAAACCGCUGGAUGCAGUCGGCCUGCGGGCACAAGUCAAUUCUGUCCUGGAACAGAGGAAAGCUGUCACGGGACUCAGCCGUGCCCUCCAAACCGAGGGCAACCAGCGGACUCCAGAUCCCUCUGGGUCACAAGCCUCUGGCCUCCUUCCAUCGGAAAUGGACCGCGGCUUGAGCCCAUCCCACAAGGGACGUUCCAUGGUCCACCAAGCCAUGAGACAGCUCCUUCAAACCUUUGACAGGAACGGGAACCAUUGCUACUCACUGACUGCCCUCUUGUCAACCGUGGGCCCAGACCAGGACACUGAGUUCUCCAACUACUUGAUGAGCCUCUAUGGUCAUGUUUCUGUCCUCUCCUCCUUGCUAGUGGAAGCCAAGGAAUGGUAUCCUGGUCUGGACCAGCCGGUUCCUAGCGGCAGCAUGAAGGCAGUCAACCCUUACUGUGUCCUGGAGGACAGCCCCAACUUCCUGCUAGGGAGACUCAUGUUCCAGAACCAGAUCCCGCCGACCAGGUUAGAAGGUGUGGCAGACCAGUUGAAGCUAAACCUUGUUCACGUCAUCAUCCGUAGUUGCUGCCCUACCAUCCCCAUACACCUCAAGCAAGACCACCAACCGCCGAGCCCCACGUCUCCUUCAGCAAAGAGUUCCCCCUGUAGAAUUGUUCUGAACAAUCCCGGAGAGGGCUCAAAGUGGCCAUGCGACGCCAGGCAUCCCGAGGUCGUCGCUCGGGAUCUCCUGUCCAGGAUGAUCAUGCUCAUGAAGGGUCAUAUGACAAGCAUCAAUUCCAAUGGCAAGUUUGGCCUGCGAGCCAGUGUGCUGGCCAGCAGCAGUAAGGACUUCCGGGACCUGUGCGAGGCCACCAGGGAGUUGGCUUUCGUCGACCUGGACCGGCUGGAUAGCCCCGGGGAGCAACUGUGUUUCUUCACCAACGUGAUGAAUCUCAUGUUGGCCCACGCUUCCCUUCAUCACGUACACCAGCAACUGAUCAGCAAGGAAACCACUGCCACUACACCUUCAUCCGGCCACACAAGGCACAGCUCCCUGACAGCAACACCAUGCCUUGAGAAUGUUGUCACCCUGCCGGGUACCAGUAGUCGUCUGAUCAUUGAACGGAUUGCCUACCUCAACAAGAUGGCCUACCGCAUCGGACAGCUUGGUGUAGUCAGUGCCUUUGAGCUUCGUUACAUUAUCCUGCGGCCAGGGCUGCACCCGCCAUCAUGCUUCAAUCACAUGCUCCUUCAUAGGCUCCACGCACUGAAUGUUGAGGACCCCUGGCACAGGUAUCUGCCACCUGCCGAGACGCGGUUGCUGUUUGUCAUCUCCAAUGGGUGCCAAGUCUCACCAGCCUUGCAGGUGCUGCAAGUCAACACUGUGGAAGAGCAGCUAGAGUCAGCGAUGCAGCAGUUCUUGGAGAAUUACGUGAUCGUGAACGAGGAGAGAAUGCGGGUGACCAUACCUAAGCAACUGGACUGGUUCCGGAAGGACUUCACUGGGAAGAGUCUGGGCACAGACGUGGAGCAAGGCCACAUAUAUGGUGGCCUGCUCAACGUGGUGGCCCCCCACAUGUCCAAGCAGCUUGGGGAGAAACUGGAGAGAUUUGUUCUGAGCUGCCAGCCGGGCAAGAUUGAGCUGGAGGAGAAACCUGCUUCACCGGGAUUGCCAAUGAGACCAAAGUUAACCCGCACACGUUCCUUCAAGUUUACCGUUCGAAUCGAGCCAUAUAACUUCUGCUAUGGCUAUAAGUUUGAGUACCGCUUUGCAUCCAAACUGAAGCGGCCGGUUCUUACCCAUCGACGCAGCUCCUCUGAGCCUGAGGGUCUGCUCAGCGAGGUCCCCGUCAGGCAUUUUGAGUGCUUGCCCCGUCCGACAUUCAGCAUGACAGAGUCCACCCUGGCUUACCUCCACUCCAAGUCCAAGCUGGUCGCCUCCCUAGCUGGCCUUGUCAGUAUGUCAGUGGAUGACAGGCCCGACAGGUUUGCACUGAAGAAGUCCUUCGAGAGCAGCAACAGCCUGACCAGCUCAGUGGGCAGCCCCAUGAGCUUGGUCUUUGAUGAAGGGGCCUUCGGUGAGGACAGGGAGUUCCUCCCGGAUGUGAUAACACCGCGGCUGGAGAUGACCAAAAUGGCACAGCAUGUGAUUGGCUACUCCACUGUGCAGCGAUAUGUGGAGUCCUUUAUGUUGAACAUUGUAGAAACAGCCGAAACAUUGCAGGAUAAAGCCAGCAGCCUGAAUAUACCAGAAGGCCACCCAGCAAACACUGUCGCUCUGACUAUGCGUAAUGCCCACGCCUGCACCUUGGCCAACCUCAGCAGCGACCACUACCAGGCCAUGGUGUACUAUACCGUAGAUCACCUCAUAACCUACUCCAAGUGGGCGGAUGCCCUGCACCUCAUCUACUCACUCCCCAAAGCGGACGCGUUAAGUGAUUGGCUGCCGCAGUUGUCAAUCAUACGGGACUUUGUGCUCUGCUGUGCUGCCCAGGCUGACCUCUCCACAAAGAAGGAGGAGCUACUGAUGUCUGAUUCUUGGCGGGCACUCUUAUGCCUCCAAGACAAAGACUUGUGUAGCCGGGUGACCCUAGGUCUGUUACCCCGCCUACCUGUGUCAGUCUGUCUGCAGUUACUGGAGCACUGUGUGGCAAACCCUGCUGCAGACACCAGUCUGAAAGAAUCUGUUGCUUUUAAGCUGGAACAAAUGAAAACAUACAGCAAGAUUGCCGAGUAUGCACAGGCCAACGAUUCAGCCACGACACUUGACCUGGACAACAGUGACCCCGAGGCAGUGACCCCACCAAGCCCUUACGUCCAGUGGCAGCGAGCGGCCGCAGACAGCCAGGAGGACCCCCACGCAGUGUUGGCCGUGCUGCUGGGUGCCGGGGACUUUGAGCUGGCCAAGAAAUGGGCAGUCCAGCACAACGUGUACUUAAACUUAAAAGAGACAAUUCAUGAAAAGCAUCUUUUGCACUUACUGGGUGAUAGCAACAACACUCUCAUGGCGUACCAGAUCCUGGAGCAGAUCGGGGACCGCGCCCUCUGCCUUCGCAUCUGCAGGAACCUCCUGGACGCCCAGGGGGACAGGAUCAGCCUGGCCAGUACGGUGUUCCUGGUCCAGCUCAUGAUGGAUCACUUUCUGGACUUGAUGGCCAUGGAGCAGGUGGAGGAGCUGCAGUCACUCAGCCUGGGUGCCAAGGCAUUACUGUGCUUACCUGAGCCAGAGAGACACGACUGUGAGCAUUUGGUGUCUAAACCGAUGCUAAUGUUGGAACAGCUGCUUAUGAACACAAAGAUUGAGCACGCCUCCACUGUCCUAACCUGCCUGAGACGUGAGCUUCAGUCCACCCACUUCCCUGCCAGUGAGCUGACCCAAGCCUCCUGCGACGCCUUGGUCACCAGAUAUGCCAAGAAUGCUAUCCAGCUGAUAGUGGCUGUCCACACUCCGCAGUCGGAUUUUGAGUCCACCCUACGGAGCGUGUCAGCUCUGAGCAUGACCUCGCCCUCAGGGCAGAGGAGAAGCCGAAGUCGUCUGAGCGUGUCGUCGAUAGUGACCACUCUGAGCCCACCGUCGUUUUCAUCGUCGGCUUCGCAGGCGAUCCCCGUAGCUAGGGACAGGGCACCAAGCCCUACACCUUCAAUACGCAGUGUGUCAAAAGGCUUGUCCCCGCGUGGUCAGUCUUCGCAGGUCGCCACAACCCCUCAGAAAAUAUCCGUCUCAGCCCAUGUGUCGGGGAGCAGCGUAGAGUCUCAUACUGUUUCCUCAGUGGCUCGGCCAAUGAAGGAAGCUACGGGUCUGCCUGAUGCACCACCCAAGAGAGAGGACUGGGUACCAGACUUGAAGGAGACACAUUGUAUGGUGUGCAAAGAGGAACGUUUUAGUAUGUUCAACAGGCGUCAUCACUGCAGACGCUGCGGCCGUGUCGUGUGCUGGCGUUGCUCCCAACUCAAGGCUGUGGUGGAAGGCUACGGUGACGCACCAGUGCGAGUAUGUGAUCAGUGCUACCAGACCUUCAUCAUGCCCAGGCCACAGAACAGUAACAUGUCCUCUUUGGAACAACGACUAAAGGCUAAGCAACCAGACAGUAGACAUUCGCCUGCCGGCAGGCUUUCCCCUGGCAAGCGCACACCCUCGCCGAGCUCGUGGCAGCAUCGCAUGCCCGUCGCUGGCUCCAGCUUUACCAGCGUCCAGUCGGGAGGGGCGGACACUCUACUCAUGGCAGGCAUGGAGUGGCAGCUGACCCUGGACGAUGUGUACAACACGCUGAUCAGGGAGGACUUCUACUACGAGCAGGCUCCAAGUACAUCGGUGUGCCUGUCCAUUCUGGACCUUCAUAGUGACCACAGCACCUGCGGCACGCUGAUCCUACAAAUAUGCCGAGACCUGUCGGAGUAUUUAAGACCAAUCCGACCAGGCGUGCCCAACCCAGAAGUAGACUACAACCUCAUCAUAAGUAUGAUGAAGACUCUCCUGUUUAAUGCCAAGCUGCAUUUCAUCAAAGAUGGCGACAGCAGUAGCAUUGAGCUAUGUGACAGCUACAGGAGCUUUGUGGAUCUGCUGAGUUUGUUUGUCAGGAGUAACUGUGCUGACAUACCCAGCAUACAACAGCUGGCUAAUGCUGACUCAGCAAGGCAAGUGAGGGAUCGUCUGGUCCUUGCAGAGCGGCUGCAGCUGGCGGCGGAGGUAUCCACAAAAUGCGGCCUGGAUGCAUCGGCUGUCUGGUCAGCAUGGGGAAUCAGCUGUCUGAGGGCUGGCGACUACCAGGGAGCAAGGGAGAAGUUUGCCAGGAUACUCAAGCCACCAAGUGACAAGAACGUGAUGAGUGUGACCUCCAAACUGCUAACCGACAUUAUACAGUAUCUGGAGACAUCAGCAUCCCAAGCUGACACGGCUCAAGCAAUCCUGAGUGCCUCGGUGACCUCCAUCAGAGACUUCAUAGCAGAACCAACAAGUGCCUCAUUCACUGGCAACCCCUUGGACAAUCCAGCUCUCCAAGAAUGCCACUUUUACAUAACCACCUACUGCCCUCACAUCUCCAUGGUGCAGUUCUACCAUCAACACAACAGGUUGUCGUUGGCCGUCUCGUACAUCCUACACCAGCACUGUUCCAGCGAAGUCUUCCUGGAGGGUCUGCUGGUACCCUGCAUGAAGCAGGGCAAGUUACGUGACCUGCAGACCGAGAUGCUGCACCAGGAUCCCACCUUGGCCGCCUGGAACAACUACCUCACGGUGAUGUGUCGAUACCUCAACGCCCACAGUUUGGCUCAUGUUCUCUACAAUGUACAGCUCUUCAUGAAGGAUUUUGUCCGCGCAUCCAUGACCUGCAUCAAGUUCUACCAGUCUGGUGCCAAGACCUACUCGGACCUCUUUGACCGCCUCCACUACCUGACUAAAGCCAAGGAGCAUAUGAAGGCUGUGCUGGACGAGAAGCAGUGGGACAGUGUUCCGAGGCCACCCAUGACCAGCUCCAUAGCCAAAGGCAGCACUCCGUCUUGGGCACCAGCUAGCGAUGCAAACAUUAGGCUGAUGAUGACACCCUCUCAACUUACAAAUCACAUGAACACCAUCAGCCAGCAGAUAGAGGUCACCAAGCUCCUGCAUAGGAUGGCAUCAUCAGGGAAGUCUUCCCUGCUAGGUUCCAGCCAGGGGGCGGAGCCCGGCCGUGGGGAGCAGCUACCCACACUGUUUGGCAAUAGCAAGGUCAAGGCCGAGGUGGCCUACAGGGUUCUUCUGGCUGGUCCAUCGGUGAAUGAUGGCUUCCUGAUGGCAUUCCAGAUCAUUCAGGACUUCCGUCUUCCCGACACACUGAUAUACAGCCACAUUGGUCGGCGGCUAGCUGCGCAGCACAAGUACAAAGACAUCCAUCAGCUGCUGGUCUGUGUGCGGAAUACCGGGCUGUCCAAUGACCAGUGCUGCGAUGAGAUACUGGACGCCUGUGUCAGAGUGUUAGCCAGUGAUAGCAGCCAGACAAAGGAGGUGGAGGGCCUGAUAAAACUCAUCAAGAGUGACACCAACAAGAUCAAUGCCCUGAUGCUGUGCGGCAAGCUCAAGUCGGCCUACCUCAUUGCCGUCAAGGCAGAGCGGGUGGAGGACGUCCAGCGGAUCCUGAGUGCCGCCCAGCGAGCAGGGCCCAGCCAGGCACAGAUGAAAACCAUCUGUGAGAGCUGGCUGGCAUCCCAGGCCGAGAAGAGGCAGAGAGAGAUGAAGACCAAAGAGCUGCUGAUGAGGAGCAAGCAGGAGCGGAGUUAAACUGUGGCAGUGGAUGAGGUUGCCAUGGCAGUACACAAGGUUACUGUGGCAGUGGAUGAGGUUGCCAUGGCAGUACACAAGGUUACUGUGGCAGUGGAUGAGGUUGCCAUGGCAGUACACAAGGUUACUGUGACAGUGGAUUGGGUAAUACCAUGACAGAUUUUAACAUGCCAGCACAUGAGUUUACCCAUAGCAGUGAUCGAAGUGUGUUAUCAUGACAUUAGAUGUUUCUUUGACCUGAAACGACUGAGAAUAUUUCUAUUCCCCCUAUUGCCGGUCCAUCGCAAGUUUUUUCCCCAGGUAAUGCUGGUACCCAUUUAUACUCCUGGGUGGAGAGAGGCAAGUGGCUUGCUAAGGGCCACAACAUACUGCCAGCAGCUGGACUCGAACCUCCAACCCUAUGAUUGGAAGCCACAUACCCCCCCCAGCUGUCAAGAUAAGUGUUCACAAUAGUAAGCCAACACUGCCAACAGAAGGCUUUACUCUGCAUUAUAUUCAUUUUAAUGGACAAAUUCAUGCAUUAAAGUGUGUAAUAAGAUUUUUUUAUAUGGUGACUAAAUGCCAGUAAUCUUAACAUAGGCAGUUGUAAUAACUAAUCUGUCACCAAUUGUUGAUUAUAUAAUGCGUAAUACAUGUAGCUUGUUAAUUUCAGAAGUACAUAGUUUCAAGAAGUGUAUAUUUGUUUUGAUUUUAGCCAGUGCAAUGGAUUACAUCAAACAAAAAUUGUAGUCAAUUGUACCAGUAAGAGGAACGACCAAUAACUCAGACACUGCCAGAUAUUGCUGCAGCUGCUUCUAAGCCAUUUCUAACUUUCUUACUAUCAAGUCUCUGAACCACAGAAAAUUCAUUGAACAAUGCCGAAUCCUUUUUUUUUUUCAUUUUUAGCAAUUCCCCAAACAAAGAGUUCUCAAGUAGAACUUAUACCAGAACAACUGCCUUUCAUAAGCAAUGGAGUUUUUUUUCUCUCAUGGGAUGAAGAUGUGGUUGUUGGUACCUACUUUUAAAAUACUUUGAAGGCCCAAGCACAGACAGGCAAGGUGACACAUCAGCCUUUUAAAAGUCCCUGCUGCUUUAUUUGGGUCACAGGGUGGCCGGGGGGGCUAGGGGAAUGGAAAUCUAAAUCAGAAUCAAAGCCUAUUUUUUUGUUUGAAAAGUGUGGCCCCCAAAUAUCAGUUUAAUACGGGGAAUACUUCCAAAACUUUUAUCUGUGCUCUGAAGAUUCAGCACACAUAUUAAGGCAGGGGACAAAAUUACUUGGAAAGGUGUCGGGUUCAUUCUUUUACAAGUGUAAGUUUUUUCAGCAAUAACUGAUCCUAUUCAAAUACUUCAUUUUUUUUAACAGGACAAAAUUUAAAAUUGUGCAUUAAGGAAUUGUGUAACAAUGAAUCCUCAAAGAUUGAAAAUGUGGUGAAUGCUACAUCUCACAUGCAAAUGUUAUGCCAAUAAAAUCAGGCAAAAAGUUGGCCUCUUUCCGAGGAAAUCAACAAAUGCCACACUGAAUUUCUUAGUUGAAAUGCUGAGUUCAUGUAUGAGGUCGUGCCUUUACACAACUUUAAAUUCUUGGAGGGAGUAAGCCGUGAUAGAACGAGCUGGGAGUAAAACUGUUUGUUCAAAUAUAA